AUGUCGCGCUCGACGCGACUAUGCAGCAAACGGUGUUUCCUCUCUCUUGAGAAGCGUGAAAACACCGCUUUGAUGCAGCUAUAUCUUCGCGGUCUGGAGCCGACUGCAGAGCUCUACCCUCUAAUCUUUGAUGGACAGAAUAUGGACUCCAGCACGCCAGAGGCAAUCCGUCUCCGAUCUCUCGCCUUUUUCCGAGAUCUUGUAUCAAAUCCCCACCUGGGUGCCACAAAUAUAGAGGCUCUGGGAUCCGAACAGAGACUAAUUCUCGCAACUGGAGUACGCGAUUUGUUCAUUGCUGAUUAUCAUGGCCUUUUAGUCGAGCAUGAAAGAAAGCUCCUAAAAGAACUAGUUGGGAUUAUCAACAUGCCUUUGGAUCCGAUAUAUAUGAAUGGAAUCAUACUUUCAUUUCACCCUUCAGCAGAAUUCACAUGCGUCAAAUUCAUUGAAGAUUUAGACGGCAAACUUCAGGACAGGAACACUCAGCCCUUCAUACAAUGCGUAAGUACACCCAGGCUUUUCGCCGUGUUUGUCAGAGCAGCAGAUCUUUCGCAUCACAACUUUGAAAACAUCGUCCAUUUAGACCCUUGGUUCGAGGCGAGUAUGGCAGACCACGGACAGGAUGGUCUUAAAACGUCACUCGGCGAGUCUACGCAGCCCUCUCCAAAGCAUGAAAUUUAUACAUGCAAGAUUCAGGACAAACUCACUGGCGCUUUACUCAAUUCUCUAUCAUCUCUGGAUCUCUAUGUUCCUCCACUGAACAAGGAGACUCGGGGGGGUGAUCGCUUCAUUUUUCAUUCAUCCAUCUUGAGCAGGGCCUUGACAAGCACACUUCGAUCCAGUGGUGUACUCGAUAAGAUAGAAAAUGGGAGCCUCAGCUCAUCUUUCGAGUUUGUCAAUUAUAUUUUCAGGUACAACCGGUUUGCUCCUGGAGAUGGCAACUUCGAAAGCCAUUUGGACACACCAUACUAUGACUCUGCUCGCUCCCACGUCUCAAAGUACACGCUUCUCCUUUACAUAACUGGAGGGCACAAUAGCCCAGUCCUACGGGUCAAUGACGUGUCUUUCAAUGACGUGGAGGAAAUGUCCUGUAUCAUUUUCAAUCAAAGCUAUGAGCACGAGGGCCGACCGUUUUUGGACGGAUCUAAAAUCUUCCUCCGCUCGGAAUUGAUAUUUAGGGACACUGAUCUCCAGCAUGAUCCCACGAUCGGCCGCAUCUUCAGCGAGGCAUGCUACAUGACGAGUCAAAGUGUAUUCGAUCAAGAUCCACAUCUAUCACUACAUGCCCAUGAAUGCUUUGAAAGAGCUAAUUCCUUGCAUUGGGGCCUCGAGAAGACGGCUCCGCAUCGAUCAGUGUACCUUUGGAAACAGUUCCAGGGCAUGAACUUUGUGACCAAUGGUUACAGCUAUUGGUUCGGGAAUACCACUGACACGGAUAUCAACGAUUGCGCUGUCGUAGCAAUGCUAGAUUACUUCAACUGCAAAGUCGGAAACCGCCCGUUCCGCUCACGUUGUGCUUCGAAGAAGAUAGAAGAGAAGAUCUCUAAUGAUGAGAUUUGGACAUUCCUCUCUUCUCAUGUGCGCAAAGAUGUGAAGGGCUUAAGGAGAUUGACGGAGGGCACCAUAGAUUCCCUCCUAGACAGCCCAAGCAAGCCUUUUACGGGCCGUUUAGACGAAUGGGAUGGAGAGGAAGAUGACCUAGCAGAAUUUGAACAAGACGGAGAUGCAUGUUGCCCGAUGCAUUCCUUUCCCAUGUUCAACCCAUCGAAGAAGGUCGAGGCCAUGGAAUGCUACGAGCUAUGCCAGAGCUAUUCGCGCAAACGACUUCUAAGUGCACCUUUACUUCUUCUUGGCAAUGAAGUGACAGUCAACAACGCCAAUAUCAAAAUCUUUGGAGACAAAAUCUUCAUUUUGAGGGACAGCCAGCAGUCACCUCUUCCGCCUAUCAACUUCGCAGCCUGCUGGGGGGAUGAGCCGAUGCCUCCAGAAUUCGUCGUGGUUGGGAGUGAAAUCCCAGCGCCCGACCUUCUAUUGCCUCCAAUCACCUUUCACGAGUGCGAGGAAGGGUAUCAAUUAAGUCUCGACUUUUUCAGAAACGACUGGAUGGUGCGUGUGGACGACAAGCGAACCAUCCCCAUGCCAGAUCUAACCGAGAGGCCUGAAGAUGAAACACCUUUUUCAGACAAGAUACCAAAGACUGCCGAAGGAAUGGAAAGGAUGUUCGAGUAUUUUGAGUAG